UGGCUAAUUAUAGAAGGUCCUACAGAGAGAGAGAGGAAAGAUUAGCCAUGAUUAAAGCUUGUUCACAAACACAGCGACAGGACAGACAAGUGAACUGCUGCUGUAAUGAGAGGACAAUAACGCUUAAAUGCUUUAAAAUUGGGCUUGAUGUUUAGACAGAAACACUGGCGCUCACUGACCAUCAAUCAAAAAAAAGUUUGUUGAGACGAUACUGGGUUUCUAAGGAUUCCUUGGUGAGGUUGCAUGGCAUGAAGACGUAGGAAUGCCAAGAGCUGAAUCCACUGCAAUGGAUAACUCGUGUCAGGCCCUGUGCCGCACCCUAGUCUCUCAAAACGGCCUUCAGCCAGAGAACGUUGACAUUUCACAGUCUGUACUAUACACGUCCAUCAUGGGUCUUCUGCUGGUGACGGACAAAGAGAGAGAGCUGCAACUGGGAAAUGGACAAGUUGGAUUGCGUAACGUUGGAAAUACUUGUUUUCUCAAUGCCAUCGUGCAGUGUCUCUCCCACACUCGUAGUCUUCGGGACUACUGUCUGAUGAAAGCCUUUCUUCAGGACAAGCACUCCAACCAAGAACCUGUGCUUAUGAAUGAAUUCUCUAAAGUUUUGGCUGGCCUGUGGGAAUGUGAUGGCGGGGAAACCACUGUGAAUCCUGGGAAGUUUUAUCGUGUCUUUAAAGAGUCUGUGCCUUAUUUCAGUGGCUAUAGUCAACAAGAUGCUCAGGAGUUCUUGCGGUUCCUCCUGGACAGGCUACAUACAGAAAUUAACCGUCGCCCAUCCAAACGUCCUGCAGUUAUUCAAAUGAAGGAAUCAACAUACACACGAUUCAGGAUUUCAGAGGAGGCCUUUGCAAUGUGGCAGAGGCAUCUUGACAGGGAUGACAGUAAAGUUGUUGAUUUGUUCUCUGGUCAGCUGCGCAGUUCCUUGCACUGUUCAGUCUGCUCCCAUUACUCCAACACCUUUGACGUGUUUUGUGACCUGUCACUCCCCAUCCCAAAGAAGAGUGAUUAUGGCCGAACUGUCACUCUGAAAGAUUGUCUAGACCUCUUUUCACAAGAGGAAAAACUUGAUAAAGAAAACUCACCGAUGUGUGAGCGGUGUAGCCGUCGCACUGAGAGCACAAAAAGACUGACCAUCCAAAGGUUUCCUAGAAUCCUGGUAAUACACUUAAAUCGAUUUACCAUGUCAAGGUACUCAAUCUCUAAAAGCACAGUGUCCGUUUCCUUCCCCCUGACCGGGCUGGAUUUGGGGCCAUUUGGACCUGUUGACUGUGGUCCAGUGCUGUAUGAUCUGUAUGCAGUGUGCAAUCAUUCGGGAACAGUAAAUAUGGGUCACUACACAGCCGCAUGUCGAAAGGAGGAGGGUUGGUGCUACUAUAAUGACUCAUGUGUUGAUGCAAUAUCAGAGGAGAAGCUUCAGUCCAAUCAGGCAUAUGUUCUCUUUUAUGAGCUCAAAAUCUGCAAUAUCACCAGAAAAUGAGGGCAGAGAAUGUAUGUUAUUAUGAGAGACUUCAAUGAUUACGGUAAACUUCCACUGAAACAAAACUGGCACUGUGAUACGGGUUGAAAGCUAAUGAGCAAGUGUGGUCAUUUCACUUCAUUGUUAAAUUUCAUUGCCAUAUUGAGGUAUUUUUUUUUACUACUGUAAUUAUUGUUUGUAUUAACUUAAUGCACAUUCUUUUAGACAAAAAUGUAUGUUAUAAAUGUAAAUAUAGAUGUGUUAGGAACUGUUGUUUGCAUCAACAUUGUUUUUGUUUGACUUUUCUUGCAUGUUCUUAUUCUGCAAUUAAAACCUGAAUUGUUGUUUAAUUAAGAAUGCAAAGCAGGGCUAAACUAAACGGGGAAUUAAUAGUAGUGGAUAAUAUAAAACCUUUGUCUGACUGUGUGAGCACAUGCCUGUACUUUAUGUCUGACUUUACAUAUACAGUACGAAGACUUCCAUCAUUUAAAAGCUUUUAUGCUUUUCUCAUGGAAUGACAUGUAAAGUACUGUGCCAUAAAUGAAUGCCCAAUUCCUCCAAUUUAAGCCUGGCGUAGAGCUGACCGUAGCGUGCGUGCGUGUGCGUGUGUGUGUGUGCGUGCGUGCGUGUGUGUGUGUGUGUGUGUGUGUGUGUGUGUGUGUGUGUGUGUGUGUGUUAUUUAUGUUAUAGCCUACCUGUGUAAAAACCACUAAUGCUUGUUUU